AUGGCGCAGAUUUUGUUGCACGGGACUUUACAUGCGACGAUCUAUGAGGUGGAUAAGAUUGGCGAUGGUGGUGGUCAUGGCUUCUUCCACAAGCUUGUGGAGAACAUUGGGGAGAAGGUUGGUCUUCGCAACGGAAUCAGCAAACUCUAUGCAACUAUUGAUCUAGAAAAGGCUAGAGUUGGGAGAACCAGAAUCCUUGAAAAUGAAGCAACCAACCCCAGAUGGUACGAGUCUUUUCACAUUUACUGUGCUCAUAUGGCUUCAAAUGUUAUUUUCACCGUCAAGGAUGAUAAUCCUAUUGGCGCAACCUUGAUUGGAAGAGCAUAUAUACCUGUUGAAGAAAUCCUAGAUGGGGAAGAAAUAGAUAGAUGGGUUGAGAUAUUGGAUGGAGACAAAAACCCGAUUGAUGCGGGUUCCAAGAUCCAUGUGAAGCUACAAUACUUUGAUGUUACAAAAGACCGUAACUGGGGCCGUGGCAUCAGAAGUCCAAAAUAUCCUGGAGUAACUUAUACAUUCUACUCUCAGAGACAAGGAUGUAAGGUUUCCCUGUACCAAGAUGCUCAUAUACCAGACAAAUUUAUACCAAAAAUCCCUCUUGCUUCAGGAGAGUACUAUGAGCCCCACAGAUGCUGGGAAGAUGUCUUUGAUUCAAUCACAAACGCAAAACACAUGAUCUACAUCACUGGCUGGUCUGUUUAUACUGGAAUCAGUCUGGUAAGGGAUUCCAGGAGGCCAAAGCCUGGUGGAGACAUCACUCUGGGUGAGCUGCUUAAGAAGAAGGCAAGUGAAGGCGUUAGGGUUCUUAUGCUCGUUUGGAACGACAGAACCUCUGUUGGUUUGCUGAAAAACGAAGGAGAGAUGGGCACCCAUGAUGAAGAAACUGAGCACUACUUCCAGAAUACUGAUGUGCACUGUGUCUUGUGUCCCCGGAAUCCUGAUGAUGGUGGAAGCGUUGUGCAGGAUGUGGAAAUCUCUACUAUGUUUACUCAUCACCAGAAGAUUGUGGUAGUGGACAGUGCAAUGCCUAAUGGAGAUUCCCAGAGGAGGAGAAUUGUUAGUUUUGUUGGGGGGAUUGAUCUUUGUGAUGGGAGAUACGAUACCCCCUUCCAUUCCCUUUUUAGGACAUUGGAUACUGCUCACCAUGAUGAUUUCCACCAGCCCAACUUUACCGGUGCUUCAAUUCAAAAAGGUGGUCCCAGAGAACCUUGGCAUGAUAUCCAUUCCCGGCUCGAGGGACCUAUUGCUUGGGAUGUCUUGUUUAAUUUUGAACAGAGAUGGAUGAAGCAAGGUGGUAAAGAUAUACUUGUUAAACUGAGAGAACUGGAAGAUGUCAUCAUUCCGCCAUCUCCAGUUAUGUUCCCUGAUGAUCACGAGACGUGGAAUGUGCAGUUAUUUAGAUCCAUUGAUGGUGGGGCUGCGUUUGGUUUCCCAGAGACACCUGAAGCUGCAGCCAAAGCUGGGCUUGUCAGUGGAAAGGAUAAUAUUAUUGAUCGAAGCAUACAGGAUGCCUAUAUUCAUGCUAUUCGACGUGCAAAGAAUUUCAUCUAUAUCGAGAAUCAGUAUUUUCUUGGGAGUUCUUUUGGCUGGAGUGCUGAUGACAUUAAGCCGGAGGACAUUAAUGCUUUGCAUGUAAUUCCAAAGGAGCUUUCACUCAAGAUAGUUAGCAAGAUUGAGGCUGGGGAGAGGUUCACUGUUUACGUUGUUGUCCCAAUGUGGCCAGAGGGAAUACCAGAGAAGGGAGUAGGUCAGGCAAUAUUAGAUUGGCAGAGGAGGACAAUGGACAUGAUGUAUAAAGACGUCGUUCAGGCUCUCAGAGCCAAGGGACUUGAAGAAGAUCCUCGGAACUACUUGACAUUUUUCUGCCUUGGGAAUCGCGAGGUGAAGAAAAGUGGUGAAUAUGAACCUUCAGAAAAACCAGAGCCUGAUUCAGAUUACAUUAGGGCCCAAGAGGCCAGGCGCUUCAUGAUUUACGUUCAUGCAAAGAUGAUGAUUGUUGAUGACGAAUACAUAAUUAUUGGGUCUGCCAACAUCAAUCAGAGAUCCAUGGAUGGUGCCAGGGACUCUGAAAUAGCAAUGGGAGGAUACCAACCAUAUCACUUGGCUACCAGGCAGCCUGCUCGAGGCCAGAUCCAUGGAUUCCGCUUGGGAUUAUGGUACGAGCACCUUGGCAUGCUGGAUGAUACCUUCCUUCAUCCAGAAAAUGAAGACUGCGUUAUGAAGGUGAACCAGAUUGCUGACAAAUAUUGGGAUUUGUAUUCCAGUGAGACACUUGAGCAUGAUCUACCAGGUCAUUUGCUCCGUUACCCCAUUGCAAUUUCCACCGAAGGAACUGUGACAGAAUUGCCCGGAACCGAGUUCUUCCCCGACACAAAAGCCCGUAUUCUUGGUGCCAAAUCUCUUUACAUGCCUCCCAUACUUACUACUUAA